AUGGGUCUGAAGGGCGCUUGGUGUUUCCCAUGGUGUGGGUGCCGGAGACAGCGGAGGACUGAAAGAGGAGCAGGCCUGGAUCCCACUGCUCCUCCAGAUCCCAGCCCAGCUAUUGUUCCCAUUGUGAUUGAAGGAGGGCUGUCUUCCCAGGGCACUGGUGCCUACUUCAGUAGGAAAGCCCGACUCUCCUUUCGCCACCAGCUCCAUGAUGUGGCCUCAGCCAAUGACUCCACCAUUUGAAGGGGACUCUCAGGAGGACUGAACUUCCAGGAAGA